UGUGGUUGCUAGAAAUUGAACUCAGGACCUCUGGAAGAGCGGUCCUCCCUGCUACCUCACUGCAAGGCUGUUUCCUGUUCAUCUUCAAUCUGAGAUGACAUUUUCUGCCAGAGACUGAUGAUGCUUCAGAAUUCCAAAAUCCUGUUGGACAAUGGUGUCAGCUAAAGAUGGAUUGGCUAAGGGGAGAAAUUUGUGUACAAAGAGUGUCCAUUAUUAAGUUCACCCCAGCGAAAGUGAAAGGAAUUCUUGAGAACAAAGAUUGUUGCUGAACUGGACAACACAUCGGACGUGGGGAUUUCCAACCCAGCUACUCACAUAUAAGCAGACACGAGGACUCUUUUCUCAUUUAGCUUCUGACUGCAGACAUGGCUUCCUGCAUCUGUGUUGUCAGUUCAGAGCAAUGGCCAGUGAUGACCUUUCGUACCACCGAGAACGACAAAGUGAAGAAGAUAAAUGAACACGUUAGGUCCCAAACCAAAGUCUCUGUUCAGGACCAGAUCCUUCUGCUAGACUCCAAGAUCCUCAAGCCCCAUAGGAAAUUGUCAUCUUAUGGGAUUGACAAGGAAACCACUAUCCACCUCACCCUAAAGGUGGUGAAGCCCAGUGAUGAAGAGCUGCCCUUGUUUCUGGUGGAGUCAGAAAACGAGGGGCAAAGGCACCUCCUCCAAGCUCGAAGAACCAGCUCAGUGGCCCAGGUGAAAGAGAUGAUCGAGAGUGUGACUGCUGUGAAGCCCAAGAGGCAGAUUGUGACUUGCAACGGAAAGAGGCUGGAAGACGGGAAGAUCAUGGCCGACUACAACAUCAAGAGUGGCAGUUUGCUCUUUCUGACAGGGCACUGCAUUGGGGGAUGAUCACUGGGAUGGGUUAUGAGAAGCUCAAAGCCAAUUUACUUUGAGCUAUUACCAAUCACAUCUCUUGAUGAUGUAAAGGAAUUAGGGAGAAUGAAAUAAAGAUUUGAGGGGAGUGGGGUGGAUUGGUGAAUAUUUGUCAAGUCUGCAAUUCCUUGUUUCUAACAUAGUUCAUUUGCAGGGUUGUUGAUGAGAGCAAACACUGAAACUUUAGUCAGGUGUGGUGGUGCAAACUUGGGAGGCAGGGGCAGGCAGAACAAUGAAUGAUUGUUGAACCAAAUUGAAUUCUAAUUAUAGACUAUAGAGAAAUAACGUGUUAUGGAAUAUUAUUGUUUACCAUAACGGGAUCAUAGUCUAAUAAAUGAUUUAGAAAUUCAGGAAUCAUUUUCUUAUUUAAAGAUAUUUGGUAUACAAUAAAAACUAGUAGUUUCUCCA